UGCGUAGCAACUGAAAAUAAUCUCUCCAUUUGUUUCGUGUUUGGAGAUGGUACCCUUUUAUGAAACGCCGCUAUAUAGGUUAGAAGUGAAUGAGGGAGAGAGAAAAUCAGACGAAGAAAAAGAGAGAGAUAGAGAUAGAAGGAGAAAAAGAGCCCUUUUCUCGGGCAGCAAGUUCACGAUGCGCAACACGAGUAAGCCAAGAGAGCACGAGUGGGAUGAUUUGGAUCACAAACUGACGAAUUUAGUAGCAUCGCGACUUCUACGGCAGCAAGAUCACCACCGAUUUUUACAACGACCACAGUGACGGAAGCAACAGCUGUGGCCCAUAACACGUAUGGCUUUGAUGAGCCGGUGUCGGGCACAUAGUUUGUAUGUUCGUAGUGUUCGUAUGAAGUGUUACUAAGAUAUAGUUACUUCUGGCUAAUGGAAACACGAAAGGAAACGAAAAUAUCUAUUAGGCACCACCGCAAAAACCCAUAAGGAAAUUGAUCGAAAAUGCGCUAUGCCAUUUAGGUUGGGCCCGCCUUUGUAGGUCCGAUGGGUGAUGGCAGUGGCCACUGCGUUACAACGGAGGGAGGGAAUUUCUAUCCGCUUCCGAAACCAAAAAACACCAACAAAAAAUGAAGGGUAAAAUGAUCAGAAAGUAAAGGGAAACUAUCGGUUUCGUUGAACCUAAGCGAAGGUAGGGUGAAGAAAUUGUAAAAAUACGGUAGAAAAACGGCAGCACAAUAGGAAACCAAUGUUGAUAAUAGAAACAACACUUAAUUAUCAACUUACUCUGGUGAUAGGUACCUGGAAUGCAAGGGAUUGUUUGUCGAGUUCUUAACACGAAUUUUGCGCUGUUCCGUUAGAGCUUUGUUGUAGACGAAAAGAUAAGUGAAGUGCGACACAGAAUGAUACUGAUUCCUUUCCAAGAUCGGCGUGAAGUGAUGAAAGUAUUAAAUUAAGUUAAUAGACAACAUGACUUGUGCGAUUUUUGAAGAUUAGCCUGUUGAAAGGAAAGGAAACAACAAGAAAGUGAAAUUUUGACCUUUACGCGAAUGUGAUACGCGAUAAGUGAAAGGUGUUAUACUAUAAUACAAAUUUGUUCGUUGAAGGUUUUACUGAUUUUUUGUUUGUUUUGUUUAAAGUCAUCAUUGACAUAUGCAGUGCGCAUUAUAAUAUUUAGGCGACUGUGAAUCAUCUCGUUAUUGUGCAACUGUGCGAAGUGUAUUGCAAGUUUCUCCACAUUAUAGUAAAUUGUUGCAAAUAUGUGGAACAAAUUAUUUAAGAGCAAGUCAAAAUCAUCAAAGAACCUGUCCAAUCGUUCAUGUUCUUCUGGAUUGGAAACCUCGUCACCAAAACCUGGCCCAUCGAAAUCUACAUCCAAUGGGCUAAAUCUGGUAUCCCAGUACGAACAGUAUGGCAGCAGCUUUGAUGACAUGCCAGAACCCGUACGAAUGCGAAUGCGCCCUGAUACACACGAUUCAAAUGAUCUGGAUUUAGCCAGUGCAACGAAUCAUCGAGAUUCUAUCGGCGUUGAAAUGUGCGGCAUACCGAUGCGUCGGUCGAAGCUGUCUAGUGCAUUUAAAAGCCUAAGUCUGAAGCGAAGUGCUUCGAAAAGUCGUCUCAAAUUAGUCACCAGCCCCGAGGAGAUUUCUUCAGUGCCCAGUUCUAAUGGUUACACCGAAGGACCACCGAAGAAGGAUCUUAACGACUACGAAAUCCUAAGUGCCAGUAAACGGGCAUCGCUGAGACCGUGCAAAUCAGAUAAUAAUCUCAACGAAAAACAACUAUACACGGAAGCCGAAAAGGAAGAGCCUGUCUACAUUGAAGAAUGCAAGUCUUACGAAACAUUUGACCCAUCGUACGAACCACCACCGAACCUUGAACUGCAACCAUGUCCCAUCUGUUUGAGAAAGUUUGCACCGGCGUCGUUAUCCAAACAUACCGGUAUUUGUGAGCGAGUUCAAACGAAAAAACGGAAACCGUUCGAUUCCUCUCGCCAGCGACGGGAAGGGACCGAGCUUGCGUCUUACCUGCCGAAGAAUUUUGGACUCCCUCAAAAGACGGUAAGCUCCUCAAAUGAGGCCAUACCCGUCAGGAAGCUAAGCCUUAGCAAAACACCUACUUUUGAGCGCAAAGAGUUCAGCCCCACAACGAUGUCUACAUCAAUGCCUAGCGCGAGUACACCAAAGCCGGCUUUAAAGCGUAGCAUGUCACAGCAGAACGAACCAUGUCCAUACUGCGAGCGAUGCUUUGGCAUGAAAGCAUACGAUCGACAUGUCGAGUGGUGCCGUGAGAAGGCAAUACUCAACCGAAACGUUAACAACAACCAAAGCAUUUCGGCAGCAAAGGAAAGACUUCAAGCAAGAAUUCAAUACAAAGCUCCGCAAAUACGAUCAAAACGUGCCUUAAACCGGGAAAAAUAUUCAGGAAGCUUGAGUUGCAGUGGUUCAACAAACAGUCUGGCCGAGUUAGAUCUACACAUGCCACGCCACAAUUCGAUGAGUUCAUCCGUCUCGAGCGAUAAUGGAUACAGCCCUGACCGUUACGAUCCAUUCCUGUCUGCCAGACGACAGCUCGAGGAAUUAUUUUCCCCUGCCACUUCUUUGAUCCAUACCAGUUCUCCAAGCAGUACUACCAGCACAUCACGUCUCAAUCAAAUGAGCCCGAACGGUGGUACUGCAAACGACAAAUCAGCGAGUGGCAACGCAACGAAACAUACUCACCACAACUCGAACUUCCGGCGUGCGUACUCCCUACGAAUGCCGCGCAAAGUAUCUCGCCCAAUGUAUGUGGAGAAAGCAAAAUCAAACAUACAGAAGGGCAUAACCGACGAUGGCCCGGUGUCACCGAAUUUUCUGAAAUCCUCUGAGUAUGACGAACUGCCGAUCAAAUCGACGUUUAACGCACUGCAGAUGGCGGAGCCGAAACCGAAAAUGCGUGAUUCCAGCACAGUUCGAAAGAAUCUCAAGCUGGAGAUUAGGGAUCCGAACAAUCCGGCUGGCGGGGAGAUACCGCUGUCAAAAACAGACUCAUUAGCCGUGUUUCUGAAGUACGAAAACGAGCUAGCAUUAAGUGAAAAGGACAUGAAGGACAAAAGUAAUAGUCUCAGUAAGCGGACAUCAUCACUCAGUGCCGAGGUAAAUCAGCAAAAAAAACAGGAGCUUUUGAGCGUAGCUCCUAGUCCAGUGAAAGCUAACGAAACAAUUACAGUCGACGAAGAGCAGCAAAAACACAAGAAAAAUGUCCAAGCGAUCGAGGAUGAAACAGCAAAAAAGCAAACAAAAAAGUUAGUUCCAAUAAAACUGGAACCGAUCAACAUUACCUACAACAGUAACAAUGCAAGUGAAGCCACUGAUAUUAAGCCAGUGGUCAUAUCACUAGAUGCAAUUAUUGGAAAGUCUAGUAUUAAAAAACAGAAAGAACCACAGAUGGACAGUGACAAUCGUGCUGAUAACAGCUAUAUCGAUCCAAAGCUUAUAAACAAAUGUGAUAAUUUACCGAUAAAUCUUGUCAUGCCUUCUACAAAAGAUGCUGGUGGUAGUUGCAGCAGUAGGAAUAGCAACACAAUUGGCAAUAUUUGUUCGGAUGAAAACCAGCUCGCUUUAAAAACUAUCGAGCCGAAAGUGGAACGAUCUGCUGUAAUAUCGCCACCUCCCAGGGCCUCCGUCAGUGUGGCUCCAAAACCACCAGAACGAACGCGAAAAGAAACUUGUUUCGAUUAUCGCAAAAGCAACAACGAACCUAGCAGCAGCGACCAUAGCACAAGCAAUAACAGUAGUCCCACAACGAGUCAUUCCUCCAGCCCAGUGGAUCAUAGGAUAAGCAAGAAUAGUACAAACUGUGACAAACGACCACAGCUCAGUCGACAAGAUCGAGAAGAUUCGGGAUACCGCACAGGACAAGAGUCUGGGCAGUCAGAUGUGCAUGAGCAACCCAAGAAGCCUUCCCCAUCGCCGUCUGCAUGCAAGAACAAUGAGGAUAACGUGCCCAAAAAUCCCGCGUUCAAACCGACGUACGAACUGAACCGGUUGAUUUCCCCAUCGUCAGCUUUGAAUAAUUUUAGCAACACACUAUCAUCGUCAAACAGCACAGCGCCGUCCACUCCUGUUAACCGUGACCGUCCAACUAUAUCUUCGGCACUCGAGCAUUUCGAUGUUGACGAAUUCAUGCAAUCGCUGGAAGAUUUGCAUCGACAAUCACCAAUCAGUGCGAGGGAGUACAAACAUUCGUUGUUUGUCCAUUCCAACAGCUCCAUCACCAGACGGAGUGUAGCCUCCAGUCAAUCCGAUCAUACUAAUAAUAACAAGCGAAGCAACAGUCUCGACAGUGGACAUGGCAAUUCGGUUGCUAACUCGAUCCGCUACGUACGCAAACACGAGAGUAGUGGCGUGCCAAGAAUGGAUGUGUGUGUGCGGAAUGGUAGUGGCACAGCCAGUAAUAAUAACAGUAGCAAUAGUAGUAGUAGCUUUAGUAGUUCUAGCCAUUACAGUAAUAGUAACAACAGUAACUCUUACUACAACAGCAGCUCGACUAAUAACAACAAUUCACAUAAUCACAGCACCAGUGCUAGCAAUGCCAAUGAUGCUGCAAAGUGCGCUGAAGUUGUUCAUCCGCUGGCCGAGCAAAUGAAUUACGCUCGAAACUCUCCAGCCAUCGCCCGUCGGCGGAGAAGCGAGGAUGCAGCGGGCAUAUCGCUUCCUGCUGUACCGCCAUCGCCUAGUAGUAACACCGGUGGAAGCGGUGCCUUAUCCAGCUUGCAGAACUUACCAAACAUUCAUAAAGCAACAGCGGCGGAUACAUUGCUUAAUGGAAAUAAUACGACUAUGCAACAACCCGGAACGCUUCCUUACUACUCAUCGCCGAGUCCAGUCAACGGUAGGAAGAACAGCUACAGUAACAAAUCCUAUCACGCUAAUAAUACUGGUACGUCCGCCUCGACUCCGGCAUCAUCUCACCUAACCGGAAACGUACACGAACCGCGCUAUCCAGCGGAAUCGUUCGAUCAUCUUGAGCGCGAUCUGCUGAAAAGCGUGCAAGAAUUAAAUCGCAUGUGCGGCUCCUCGUCCUCGGUAUGCUCGAUCGAUUCCGAGGAGUUGUACGGCGUGGAAGACUACCCGCUUAACAAACGAUCGUCUGAACGAUCGCAAGCCAGUGCUGAUUCAGCCUAUCGCAGUCUAUCUACGCAGUCACCACCAGACUACGCACCCCCUGUGCCUAUACGUCAAGCACGGCCGAAUUCUCGCAGCUCAACUACCAGUCAGAGCCAACCGGCGCAGUCAACGAACGAACCGUUCAAUAGCCUUUCGUUACACACAGCCCUUCCACCGAUCACGACCGCUAUUAUCAAGGGCCACAGAAUGGAGGCCCAUCUCAUGAAAGAUAGUCCGGAGGGGGGCCAAAAUCUGAUCAUGAAUCCAAUGUCCAAAUUUUGCCAUGAAUGUGGCGCACGCUUCAUGAUUAGUAGCGCUAAGUUUUGCAUGUCGUGCGGCGUACGACGAAUUAUGCUGGAAUAGAUUGAGAUAUCAUUUCGUAUAUGUAAUACACGACAGUUUUAUUUGAGAUUCUGUUAAAAUCAACCAUCUACUCGAGUCUCGCUAACAGAUUAAAAGUUGCACUGACAAGGAUUGUUUAUGUUACCACACCAAAUUAUUAGAUAAUCCAUUUAAAAUUACUCAAAUAUAUGCAAACAAUAAAACAGAUAUGUUGUAAUUGAACUUUUUAAA